GUUCCCGUGUGGAUGUGUCGCGCGUCAAAGACGUCACUGUGUUUUUUUUUUUUCUUCUCUCAAAACUUUAUUGAGAAACUGGAUCAGUUCAGGAAACAAAUAUGAUUUUUUUCAUCCGCAUCCAGUUUCACAGUCAAAUGUUGAACCUACAGAAAAAUAUUCAACACAUAAAUGAAGUUAUUAAUUUGACACUUCUGUCACAUUUCACCACUUGUUUAUUAUUAAUCAGUUCUUGAAAACGUCACUUGAAUACUUAAUGAAUACUACACUGCCCUCUGGUGGUCACGUUGUGUAAUUACACCUAUGUUAAUGAUUAAAGUACACUUUUAUUUUGAAAGUGUUCUCAGGAACUGUCACCAUGUAAUCAUGUCCGACUUUACGUUUAGCGUCUUUUUUAAUUUUUUUUUUUAUUUAACAAAAUCCAUAUACAAACAAUAUGGCUAAAAAAUCUAAACGGUAUUAUUAAGGAUCAGGUGCAACAAUAUAAUAAAAAUAUAAUUUGUUAAUCAUAUUCUUCAAUAAUGUUAAAAGGCCCAUUUUGUCAAAAUUGAGAUUUCCUGGCUUUUUUCAUCCUAAAUAAGGUCUCGGGUCUGUAAGUACACACAUACACAUAGUCUACAUUCAGCAGCUGCAUUUGUUUACGAUGUGCCACAAAUGUAACGUCAUAGUGACGCACUCUCUGGGCCCCCAACGAAAUUCAAAAUAAAUCCAUGGUGAAAUAUGAAGGUCUUUUAUUCGAUGGUCGGACAUCAUGAAGCCAUUCAAAUCAACCUGUAGUUACACACAGUGGCCACCGGAGGGGGCAGUGUGAGUUAAAACGUCCUUGCUGCUAAUAAAGUUUAUCUUGGAAAAAAAAAAGCUUGUUACGCCAUUCCGCCGCGACCGCGUGCGCCGGUGACGCGGUGACUCCAUUUUGGUUCUCUGGUGCUGCGGUAGCUAGCUGUAGCCGUUACCAUCGGUACAACGCGUCGUUACUUUGUUCAAAGGUUUUAUUUUAUUUUAUUUUAUUUUUCCCGCUUUGAUCGCGAAGCUGCGUGUGUUUCCGGUGUCCAGCUGUGAAUCUGAGUCUGACUUCGUCCGAGAGAGAUGGACGGAGAAGAGGACGACUUCAUGUCCGCGAGCCGCUCCGACGACGGUGGCGGCACUCCGGUUCAGGACGAGCACGCGGCGUCGGACGGCGAGGACGUGAGGAGCGACGGGCACGACUCUGAGGACGAGGGUAGCCAUGAUGAUGCCCCCCGCCCCAUGGAGACCGGGGGGGCAGCCAGUGGCUCCGACAACGAGGAGCGCAGAGCGGCCGACAGCGACUCAGAGGGCGAGGCUCCCGGGGGCCACGACGACCACGACAACAAGAGCGACUCGGAGGCGGAGGCCCCUCGUCCCGCCGACAGCGACGACGACUCGCCAGUGAAACGCAGGACAAGCGGAUCAGACAACGAGGAUUUGUCGCCGGUUAAACAAAGAGCAUCAGACAACGAGGAGGGGGAGAGGUUGUCUGCCCCCAAACGCAGAGGGAGCAGCUCGGACUUGGAGGAGGAGGGGGGAAAAGGGGGGGACCGGCCCACAGCGGCCGCAGACAGCGACUCGGAGAACGAGGACGCCAAACCUGCGGCGUCCAAACGGUCCAACGCCGACAGUGACUCUGACACAGAGACGCUCGCCAGACGCAAGGCGCCACAGAUAGACUCUGAGGAGGAGGAGGGGGUGGGGGGGAAACCUCAGGGGGAGGAAGAGGGAGGAGGAGGGAAGUGGAAAGCUGUGAUGCAGUCUGACAGUGAGGAGGAGGAGGGAGGAAGGAGGAAGACUGCAGCAGGAAGUGAUGGAGAGCAACAGGAAGAGGCGCAGAGAGACGAGAGCAACGAGGACAACAAGCCAGUGAAGAGGAAGAAGGCCAUCCUGUCGGACAGUGACGAUGAGGAGAAGGAAGAUAAACCAGUGAAGAGGAGUCGGGCGGUGUCGGAUGACGAGGAGAACUCGGACAGCGAUGGCGGGUCGGUCGGUCCCGACAAAAGUCUGGCGGCGAAACUGAGGGAACUCGGCUCGGACAGCAGCGAGGAUGAGGGCGCCAAGGAGGCGGCGGGCGACAAGGACGAGAAGGCGCUGUUCGGCAGCGAUAGCGAGUCUGGAGAUGAGGAGGAAAAGAUGAUCGCGGACAUCUUCGGAGAGUCUGGAGACGAGGAGGGGGAGGAGUUCACCGGCUUCAACCAGGAGGAGCUGGAGGGCGACAAGCUGCAGAACAAGGAGACGCAGCAGCUGCAGGACGAGUCCGACUCGGACGAGGGCGUCGACCGCAGCGGACAAGACACCAGCUUCAUGUCUGAUUUUGACAUCAUGCUCGCCCGGAGGAAAGCCAUGAACAGCAAGAAGCGGAGACACCGCGACGGGGGAACGUUCAUCAGCGACGCCGACGACGUGGUCAGCGCCAUGAUCACCAAGAUGACCGAGGCUGCAGAGGAGGAUCGUACCCUGAACAGUCAGAAGAAACCAGCGCUGAAGAAACUCACCCUGCUGCCGCACGUCGUCAUGCACCUGAAGAAACAGGACUUGAAGGAGACGUUCAUCGACAGCGGCGUGAUGUCGGCCAUUAAAGAGUGGAUCAGUCCUCUUCCAGACAAAUCCCUUCCGGCUCUCAGGAUCCGAGAGGAGCUACUGAGGAUCCUGCAGGAGCUGCCCAGCGUCAGUCAGGAGACGCUGAAGCACAGCGGCAUCGGUCGCUCCGUCAUGUUCCUCUACAAACAUCCCAAAGAGUCUCGCUCCAACAAAGACCUCGCACUCAAACUCAUCAACGAGUGGUCGCGGCCGAUCUUCGGUUUGACGUCCAACUACAAGGGAAUGACUAGGGAGGAGCGUCAGCAGAGAGAUCUGGACCAGCAGAUGCCUCAGAGACGACGACUGAGUCGGCCUCAGACGGUGGAGAGGGCGGAGGAGCCUGACGUCUUCUCUCCACCGAGCAGCUCCGGAGGUCAGACGCCUCGGAGAGACCUGGAGAAGCAGCUCACCGGAGAGGAAAAAGCCUUGCGACCCGGUGACCCCGGGUUCUGUGCCCGGGCUCGGGUCCCGCUGCCCUCCAACAAGGACUACGUGGUCAGACCCAAGUGGAACGUGGAGGGAGACAACAGCAGGGGUCCGAUGAAGAAGGGGAUGUCCCGAGUCGACAAACAGAUGCGUAGAUUCGCCGACAUCCGCCGCCUGACGAAAACGGGUCACGCUGUUAAAAUUAGCGUAGAAGGAAACCGGAUGCCUCUCUGAUUUUUACCUCCUUAGGAUUUAGUCACUUAUUGUUUUUGUUGUUUCUUUUUAAUGUUUUGUUCCUGAACAGUCCCACGCCCCCCCCCCCCCCCCUCGUCGGGCCCAGAUCUGCCUCGCUGAAGGCCUGAGGUCAACUCAUAUAGACUCUCAUGGUGCCUCGCCCCAAAAAUAUUCAAUCUGAUCCAGAAAUGAUCCUCUGCAUGAACUGAACUCGUCUUUUGAGGUUAACCGUCAACUAUGCUAACUUUAUUUCCCAACAUUAGCUUAUGUUAGCAGCUAGCUACAUCAGCUCCAGACAAACUGUACCGGCCAUAAUGUUGGUAGCCAUCUUUAAUCCUAUCUUGCCAAACCUCAGGCAACUUGGCGGUAAAGCUAGUGUGAGUCCGCCAUACUGGCAAAUGUUAGCUAACUGAAUGUUGAAAGAUCGGAACAUUGCUAACUGCUUUGUUCGCCUCACAUUAACAUUACAUUAACUAGCAUUAGCAGUUAGCUCCACAUCAGCUGGAUCACCUCUGUUUAAAUUAUGUUAGCAUUAUCUUAGUUUUGCCAAGCUAUUUGAUUAUCUGUCUUGUUCAUUUCCAAGUAUGUAAUUAUGAAAAAUGUUAGCAGUGAGUCGGCAUGAUAUUAGCUAAUCCUAGCUUGAAAUCCAAGCCAAUCACGACAGCUAAUGUUACCACGCAGCUGCGUUAGAUGUAAUUCCAGACCAACUGUUAAGUGUCUAUCAUGUUAACUAAUGUUAGCAUUGAAGUCCAUAAUGUUGACUUUGAAGUAAAGCUAAUGCACAUUAGUUCUUGGAUGUAGAUAAUGUUAGCCGUUUGCUACAUUACCUCGUUGAGCAAUUAUGUGACCAGAUAGAUUAGGUAAUGUAGCAGACAGCUACAAUAGUUCUCUCCUCGAAUCAAGGUCCGUAACUGUAGCAAACGUUAACAAUAUGUUCGCUUCUCCAACAAGCACGCUGAGCUAACUAGUGUUAGCUUCAUCUCAAACAUAACAAAGGGCUUUACAUUAGCUUUACCUACGAGCCAACUGAGUUAGCUGAUGCUAGCAGUCAAGUUAAGAUUAAUGUAAGUGACGUUCAUGCUAUUAGCUCACGUUAGCAUUCAGCUACAUUAGUUUUACUUCUUAAAUACGCUCUGUAAGCUGAUAUGACGACUUUAUCUUUUUCAGCUCUUCUGCAAACCAUCAAACCAGUUUAUAAAUUUAAUUUCUGUCAAUAAUUGACUAAUUUAAAAAGGAGGCGGUACAUCCUGGGGAGACGGAUGUUUCUGAUCCGAGGAUCAUUCUGGUGAGAUUUUGAGUUUUUUGCUGUCAUGAUUCAAUAACACCCCCCUCCCCUUUUUUUUGUUUUCUGAAUGUGAAGGUGUGUAUUUUGCGAAUAGGGCGACAGACGACCCCCCGCUCCCAUAGCAGCUGUACAGGUGUCUGCAGGAGGCGGGUCACGCAGGUAACUCGUCCGUCUGCGCUGUUCUGUAUCACAUGAUGCUUUUCUUAAUAAAGACUCAACACAGA